AUGCGCCGCUCGAGCUUGCGGCCACGGCAGAUCGAUGUGCAUUCGCGCAUGGCCAUUAUCCGGCAGGAAGAAGACCUGGAAGCAGACGAAGAUGGCACGGGUGAUUCCUGUCAGCCUCAUGUAACGUUUCGGCAGCUCGUAGCGAAUCUGGAAGCGCGUCAGCGAGCUGGAAACCAAUCCAAGCGCAAGCAAAAGGAUAUUCCGAUUCCUGUGAUUCUGCCAGUGACGUCGUACGACAACUCGGUGUCGGCGGACUUUGAAGUCCCUACGUCGUACGUGCGGUUUCAGGCUAUACCCCGAGAUGACGAUCCAACAGGAUGUGAAGACGUGAACUCUGAGUCGCAAAGUGUUGAAGUCGAUUUGGACCUGGAAGACAUGAGAUGGCUCCGGCGCCACCCCAAGUACGGAGUGGAUGGAGAUCCACGCUACCAGUUGUCGCAAGAACGCUUUGGCCAAAUGCUUGACGCCCUGGAAAAAGCCUCGGCCUUGCUUAAUCCUAACGUCAUGACGCUGGCAGAGGCAGAGGAUGUCUUUGCCAGAAGACUGAACAUGCACAAGACGCCGCUGAAUCGCGUUACGUGCGACGUGUAUGCGUACUGGGCAGCCAAGCGACAACGACUGCGUCGUCCUUUGCUGCGGCGGUUCUGGCCACAGACGCCACUUAAUGACACGAACCCACACUCGGUGUUUCGACCGCGAGAAAAGGAACGCUAUAAGCUUCGUAAACAUCGCAAGAACGACUUGGAAGGGUUUCGCAAGCUGCAGCAGCUGCGCGUGGACUUUGAACGCGUGCGGCGUCUGUUGGACUUAGUGCGGCGUCGCGAACGAGCAAAGAGACUGCAGCUGAAUUUCGUGGAUGAGAUCCGUCGACAGGCAGAACAUGAACUUACGAAUCGUGGACCGAACGCGGUGGUGCGUAAGCCAAUAAUUCCUGUGGACGGAGAGAGCGAGCGUCACAAGAAGAAGAAGAAGAAGAAAAGGAAGCAUCGCGAUAGCGAAAAUGGCAUUUUUGCAGGUCGUACAUCAUCAUCCGAUAUGAAAGCUGAUGCCGACAUCAAGUCUGGGCAAGGAGCUGCUGCUGUCGAAGGACCACAGAUUGCGCCCACUUUCAUGGAGUACGACACAUCAGCAAAUUUUGUGAUGGAGGACGCAACAGACACGGACGGAUCGCCGCGGCAAUAUAGCAGCCCAGUGUACCCGUCCUAUCCGCUGUCACCACCCAAGCUGAUGGCAGCUAUAUUCCAGCAACCACCCAAGUAUAGGUGUCGUGGGCGCAUUGGCCGCGGCGGACGACUGGUCAUAGACCGAAUACCCGUUCCGUCUUCACGUUAUUAUGGUCCAACAGAGGUGGUGGCGCCAACACUCAAGGCAAGUCCUUUGAUCGCCAGUGGGUCAUUGCCAGGAAUGGCAACACCCGAAGGCUGCGGUUCUAGCUUACCGAUUGCAAACUCGGAGCUUGGCGUUGCUACCAGUCAAGGGGCUGUUUUUAUUCAAGAGCUGUCCAUCCACCCUCUGAUGCACAAAAUCAACCAGGUCACGUCGAAGCGAAUGGACGAAAUCUACGGAAUGAGCGACAGCGAAGACGAGUUUGUGGAGCUUCUUUCCUCUUCUGUGUACGAGACACCUACAGCACGGAAAACGAGUAGUGGUGGGAAGGGUCUGGCCAAUAACACGCAUGCAGGACCAGAUCGGAAGGUGAAGUUUACGCUGAAUGUGUAG